AUGGAUGAUGCUGCCGUCCUCAAGCGACGAGGCUACAUCAUGGGAAUCAAUUUGGGAGAGGGCUCGUAUGCGAAAGUCAAAUCCGCUUACUCUGAGCGCCUGAAGUUCAACGUGGCGGUCAAGAUCAUCGACCGCAAGAAAGCCCCCACAGACUUCCUGGAGAAAUUCCUUCCCCGGGAAAUUGAGAUUCUGGCCAUGCUAAACCACCACUCCAUCAUCAAGACCUACGAGAUCUUUGAGACCUCUGACGGCAAGGUCUACAUCGUCAUGGAGCUCGGGGUCCAGGGCGACCUCCUUGAGUUCAUCAAGACCCGGGGGGCCCUGCAGGAAGACGAUGCGCGCAAGAAGUUCCACCAGCUGUCCUCAGCCAUCAAGUACUGCCACGACCUAGAUGUUGUCCACCGAGACCUCAAGUGUGAGAACCUUCUCCUCGACAAAGACUUCAACAUCAAGCUGUCCGACUUCGGCUUCUCCAAGCGCUGCCUGCGGGAUGACAGCGGCCAACUGACACUGAGCAAGACCUUCUGUGGGUCGGCGGCAUACGCGGCCCCCGAGGUGCUUCAGGGCAUCCCCUACCAGCCCAAGGUGUAUGACAUCUGGAGCCUAGGCGUGAUUCUCUACAUCAUGGUCUGCGGCUCCAUGCCGUAUGACGACUCCAACAUCAAGAAGAUGCUGCGCAUCCAGAAGGAGCAUCGCGUCAACUUCCCGCGCUCUAAGCACCUGACGGGUGAGUGCAAGGACCUCAUCUACCGCAUGCUGCAGCCGGACGUCAACCGGCGGCUGCACAUCGACGAGAUCCUCAGCCACUGCUGGGUGCAGCCCAAGGCCUGGGGCCUGUCCUCUGCAGCCAUCAACAAGGAGGGGGAGAGCUCUCGGGCCACCGAGCCCCCGUGGACUCCUGAGCCCAGCUCCGACAAGAAGUCUGCCACCAAGCUGGAGCCCAAGACCUGGGCAGAGACAAGACCCGAGGAGGAGGCGCUGGCGGUGCAGGUGUCAAGGCAGUCAGAGGCCAUGGGCCUCACCAGCGAGCAACCCAGCAAGGAGAUCAAGGAAGGGGCCACCCCGCAGCCUUCAGAGACACACACCUAG